CGAUCUGUUAUUUUAUUGCUGACUGGUACCCGUUUCCAUAUAUGGUAUUAUUUAUAGUUUUGGAAGGGUACACUCGUGUGUAAGUUGUUUGACUUGACCAUGUAUGGGCGUGCUCCCAGAAGUUAACCCAGUUAAAUAAUUUUAACCGUGAAAAAUGCAGCGACAGAACAGCAACAGUGACGAUGCUACGAAGCUUUCUGGUGACGCUCUUGCCAUCAACAACCCAUUUGUGAAAAUACCACAGCAGGAGCACUUGAUAUUCCGGGCAGUGCGGUACAGUGAUGUCGAUAUGGUCGGGCGAUUGCUUAGGCGACCCAGUAUCGACAUUUCCAUGAUACACACUGUUCACAGUGUGAAGGAGAGAAUUAACUUGGCAGGAGAGUCAGAAAGCCCAGCACCCGAGAAUGUGGACGAGUCCCACGAGGCAACAAUGCGCAUCAUCGAAGCUUUGCCAAAAGAUGGUGAACCGUGUGUUAUUAGGGUACCUGGCAUGGCUCGUCAUAUCCGGAUGUCUAAUUACACACUUCUACACGUAGCUGCUCUUCAUUCAUCAAUCAAGAUGAUAGACUUCCUCUUGACGAGUGGAGCAGACAUUAAUGCCUGUGACGGAAAUGACCGUACCUCUGUGUUUGUGGCCUCAGCUAUUGGAAGAAAUGAUGUUGUUGAAUUUCUGGCUCAAAACGGAGCUGAUCUAGACAUCCAGACGUCCAGUAAAAAGACAGCUCUGAUGGAGGCCGUCUGCUGUGGCAAUGUGCCGGUGGUGCGGACGUUGAUUGGGGCCGGGGCCAACGUCAACCUGGUCGACAUGAAGGGCACCUCGGCUCUUUUCUUCGCCAACAUGUCGCAGCGCGACGACCUCAGUGUCCUGCAGGAACUUGUCAGAGGAGGAGCCGACGUCGACCUGUGUAAUAUAAAGGGAGCCUCCCCGCUUAUGAUGGCAGCCGGGAACCGACAUAAGAAAGCUGUCACGUUCCUCCUGGAAUCUGGAGCUGAUAUCAACCACCAAGACAGUUCUGGCAAGACAAUUUUCAACAUGGCGUCCGAGAAUGGACAGAACUUGGAAAUCUCCACUAUACUGUUGCAUGCUGGGGCUGACAUCGAGUGCCCUGACAAGAAAGGUGCGACUCCCCUGAUGAAAGCGGCAAACUUCGGCAAGCUACGCCUCAUGAAGCUGUUACUGGAGUCGGACUGCAUGAGAGACUACUCGUUGACAUCACACCCUCGCGUGCAGCAGAUGUGCGAGGCGUACCCAGACUUCGGAGACUGGCUCAACCGGGAGCUGUACAACCCACGCAGUCUGAAGCGCAACUGUCGGCAGACUCUACGACUGUCGCUAGGCCCGAGUGGCCUGCCCAGGACUUACGAGCUUCCACUGCCGGAAAUUCUGAAAGACUUCUUGUUGGUGAAGUAUGUCGACUGAUGAUGAUGACGAUGAUGAUGUGAUGAGUGGAAUGUGUGUUUUUCAGUGGAUCGGAAAGUGUCAUAGGUGUAUUUAUUGUUAAGCCGUGGAAAACAGUGUGCUCCAGGGUAUUUGGAUGGAUGAAUGAAAUGGACAGAUGAAUGGAUGGAUGAAUGGACAGAUGGAGGGAUGGAUGGACGGAUGGAUUGAUGGACAAAUGAAUGAAGAACAAUUGAAUGAAUUAACGAAGAACAAAUGAAUGAAUUAAUGAAAAAUGAAUAACAAAUACCAACAAAAAACAACAUUGGCUUUUGUGUGUCAAUGGUAAAUGAAUGAAAACAUUGAGAAACUGAUAUAUACCAUAUAUUGAUUUGUGUUACACAUUGAAACUGAAGGAGGGGUAGUUUAAAUCUCAUCGAAGUUUGUCUUUAUCCUUCACUUUAAUGACACACAGCUCUGAACCAAGUUACGGUAGAUCAUAAAAUUAAUGUAAGUAACCGUGGUCAGACUGAAAUGUGACAUGAAAUUAAUGUAAGUGACCGUGGUCAGACUGAAAUGUGACAUGAAAUUAAUGUAAGUGACUGUGGUCAGAUUGAAAUGUGACAUGAGAUUAAUGUGAGUGGCCCCUCUUUAAAUAUUACUUUUGUAAUGACAUACGUGUGUGUACCUUUCAGAAAAGUCUGAAUCAGAAAUGAAAUCAGGUCACUAAUGACAACACCAAAUAUUUGUGUACCAAUCAAUGAUGAAUAGAACAAUCAACAAAUCUGUAUGCAAGUAAACAUUGCAGCCAAUUUGAACAAUAAAAACAAAGCAAUGGCCGGCUCCUAGAUGGAAAAGUUAACCUAGAGGGCUGAUGUAAUGGUCGGCCUCGGACUGGUGUCCUGAAAACCACUCACGCAUGUGUGAUGGAUCGUGUUGGCUUGUGGCGAGUGGCGAAAGAAGCAGGAAUUGUCGCACACAACAGACAACUUACUGGACAACUGAUUCAGUAAUUAAGACUUUAUUAUAUACCCAGAAUUGUGUUUUAUAAAAUACCGGUAUAUUAAAAACAGCUGUGGCUCCGAUUGGUAGUAAUAUGUGACAUUGGAUAUUUGUGCCAAUACUGUUAUUCAUUGGCAAUAAAUAAGUACACUUUUAUUUGUUAUGCAGUAUACAUUAGAGGUUGAAACCUGUGCCGGGUAUUGCGAAAAAUUAAACUGCAGUUUUCAGUAAAAAUUAGGGUUGCUACUACAAACAUUAAUUAAAUCUCUUAAAUGAUGGGACUGCCAUCCCAUUUUCUUUUCAGUUAAACGUGAUGUGUCAUACUUUUAUGUUAGUGUACUGCCUGGAUGUGAGCUAAUAUCAGUUUCAUUAAAUGUUAACAUCGGAAAUGUCAAUUGAUUUGGUUCAGUGGAACCUAUACUAUGCAAAUCUUUAUUGGUAAUUGUUUUUCCAAAUUAAGAUAGAGUUAAUCCCCCUUUAUGCAGUAUUGAAACCCAGCACCUACCGGUACACAAAUUUCUAUUGUUAAUUUCUGGCUGUCACAUGGUACUGUCAGAUUUAGAAUAUAUAUAUAUAUUUUUUUUUUAAUGUAUCCAUUCACAAAAUAAACCACACAAUAAAUGAGAAAAACUUGCAGCAGACCUACUAGACAUAAAAUGUUAACUGCAGUGCAUCCCGUCUCCACAAAUUGAUCAGUGCUGUGCUGUUAUUUAACAAACAUUUUAUUUUAUAAAUGGCUAUUUACAAAACCAUUUUUGUAUAUAUGUAUUGUUUAUGUUUUUAAGAAUUUAUCUUUGUAUGCAAUAAAGUGCAUCAAUUUCA